AUGCCCAAGUCGGAGGGGUUUUUCAGGAAGUGCACUGAUGACGAUCCAACAGAACAUCUCAGAAACUUCUUGGGUGUGUGUGCGAUGCACAAGCAGAAUAACGACUCAGAUGAUGCCCUAAGUUUGAGGGUGUUCAAGUACUCACUGGCUGGAGAGGCAAGGAAAUGGAUUCAAAAUCUACCUCCAAACUCAAUCCAUUCUUGGCCUGAACUUGUCCGAGCAUUCUUAGCCAAAUGGUUCCCACAAAGCAAGAAAUCUGAGCUCCGGGAUAAAAUUUUCUUUUUCAAGCAACUAUCGGGAGAACAUCUACAUGAGGCAUGGGAUCGAUUCAAGUUAUAUUUGGUGAGGUCGCCUAAUCAUGGUUUUCUGGAUUCUAUUUUGUUGAAGAAAUUCUACAUGGGUUUGGAUGCUAUGAACCAAUCUAUAGACAAGAAUGCAGCUGAUGGAUCUUUUAUGGAUAAGACCUUUGCAAGGAUCAGACAAAUCCUUGAUAAAAUGGCAAAACAUAACCAGGCUUGGCACUCAGAGGACACCACAGGUGGAAUUGCAUGCGGGUUUGCCACCAAUGUCAAUGUGUUGACAAAGAUGCUCACUGAAAGCCAAACAAAAAAGGUAAAUGUGGCAGAGGAUGUUCAACCCACAUCAAAUGAAGAUUAUGAGGAAGAAAACUACGUCAACAACUCUCAAGAAGGCUAUCAAAGUUCAAACCCUUAUGUUCCACCAAAGGGGCAAUAUUCAAAUCAAGGUUCCUCAAGUGAUUCCAAGUUGGAAAACAUGCUUGAACGGGUAUUGCAAAAUCAAGAAAGGUCCGACACUUCAAUGAGGAAUAUGACUGAGCUUGUUGGUUCUUAUACCGCAUCCAUUCAAAUAUUAGAGAUACAAAUGAGAGAUCUCACGAGGGAACAAAAUCCAAAGCAAAAGGGGACACUCCCAAGUGACACAAUUGCGAACCCAAAGGGUAGUGGGAGUGGUCCAACUUCUCAUUGCAUAGCAAUUACUACUCAGAGUGGGAAGGUACUUCAAGGAGAGAGUGAACAAGCGGUUGAAGUGGAAGAGUCCGAACAAGAGGUUGAGGCACAAGUUGAAGAGCCAAUUGUUGUUGAAGUUAAAAAGGUCUCAGAAGAGUUGAAAGUUCAAUAA